AUGGGAGUGGCGGGAGCAGAAACGGAAGACGGUGUCGUCCCAGAGUCUGUCGUGGAGGCCAUGGGGCGGACUCUCUCUGGCAUCCGGGACUUAGAGAGCAACAUGCAGCAGUUCCUCGCCAUUGCUGAGCCCGACGUGCUCGCCGAGCUUCCUCCUCUCCAUCGCGCCCAAGUCUUCCUCGUUCUGGCCAAGUGCGCCUCGGUACUUUUUUCUGGUGCGAAUCCUCUUCCCUUUCCUUCAAUUCGUCCUCUUAGGUCUCUCCUUCUUUGGUCGAUGACACUUCUACCUAUGUUCGCCUCCGAUGGAUGCGGCAGUGCGGUUGAGAUGUAGUGGCAUUCGUCCGGAAGACCACGCCCUGAGAUUAGAACUCGUACGACUCUUGAUCCCUUUUUAGUGUACUCCAUGCCGGGAUUUAUUCUUUCGAUCCCAUUUCAUUUCCGUUCUGCCUUUCAGGAGAGGGUUAGCUUGUGCGAGGAGAAAUUCCAUCAGUACGGUGAUUGGAGCAGAGGUCAGUGAUGAAUACUUGUCGUUAUUGUUGUUGCAAUUUUCUGUGGAUGAUUGUUCAUGUCAGUCAUCUUCUCAUGCUCCACUCCUUUCCGCUUCAUCUCGGUCCAGCUCCAUUGAGGCCUUCCACGACCAUAAACUACCAGGCAGCCACCCGCUUCAUCGACCAUUCCCUUCCCGACCUUACAGCAGGUGCAGUUCAGUCCGACAUUGCAACAGUUGGGGCUGCUUCCUUCCUUUCUGCGUUCAUGGUAAAUUGAAGAUUUAAUCUGCUUUUUCAGAGCAGAGGAGAAGUAUGAGGGAUAUCAGCAGGCGCGGAGCGGUCAACGGCAGAAACUCUGAGAGCCGCGGAUCCCGCAAGAAGAGGAAGUAUGAAACCUCGGAUAAGAAAUCUGUUAGUGCUGCUGCUCAAGAGUUUCUUGAGAAGGCUGCCCGCGAGCUUCUCGGUUCCAACAGUUGUGGAUUAAAGGGGCCUUUGCGGGACAUUGCUUCGGAAGAAGAGGAAGCACAGAUGAACUGA